CCAGAUUGCGAAUGUUUCUUCUGUAGAAUCGAGCCAAGACGACAUUAUUGAGAAUACGCCGAUGACAGAUCAGUUAAAAUACAGCAGAGACAAACUACAACUUGCAAUUAAUUCUGCCUUACAUAAGCGUAGAUGCUGCCUUAAUAACAAUUUGGGGACAAUAUCUCCAAUAUACACUGAUGAGAGUGAUGUAGAUGACGAUGUCGCAGAUCCAACAUUUGUUUCCGAAGAUCAACUUACUGAAAGCUGUAGAAGGAGGUUUAAAUUAGUCCCGGCAACCUCUAGUUCUUCAGAUUCCGAGCCUGAAGUUGAGAUUGAGCAAAAAGGUCGUAAACGAACCCAGUGUCUACAAAAAUGGAAACAAAAUAAGGCAAAACAAUUGAGAAAUCUUGGAGAAAAAUAUGUAUCCCUUUCUAAAACUAAAAAGACGAUGCCAAGCCGUUGUCUUAAAAUACCAUGUGAAGAGAAAUGCCACUUAAAAUGUUUUCAAAAUAUUAGCACUGAGGAAAGAUAUAAGAUAUUUCGUAAUUUCUGGAAAUUAGGUGAUUUAGGUGAGCAAAGAGCUUUUAUCAAUUAGUCUAUGGUUGACCUGAUGCCCAAGUAUGCAGAAAUGCAUAAAAUG